GGAAUGCAACCUGGGAUUUGUAGUUCCUGGCCGGCGGUGAUGGGGGAAGAUCCGUCUGGUGGAAAAUACAUCUGCGAGAGCAGCCAGCAGCCAGCGCUCCGCUCCCGGAGAAAUCCUCUGUUUGGACGCAUUCUAUGGCAAAGAAUGAAAGAACGAGACCGCAACAUUUAGAGCCUCCAGCCGACCUGCUCUCCGGCUGAAAUACAAUUGUGCCUGGGCGCUGGGUGCAAACGGGCACACCAAACAAAAAAUAAUAAUAAAAUAAAUAAAUAAUCAAUAGAUGACGCACAGAGUGCGAGCUGUGAGCCAGGCGAGGCUGUAAAACGACGUGGAGCUCGCCUCGCCCUGCAGUGAACGGCAGCGAGCAGCACAGGGCGGCCGCGACAGCAUGGCAGAACCGACCAAGACGCACGUUAUCCUGCUGUCAUGCGGCAGCUUCAACCCCAUCACCAAAGGACACAUUCAGAUGUUCGAGAGAGCCCGUGAUUAUCUGCACAAGACAGGGCGCUACAUUGUGAUUGGCGGAAUCAUCUCUCCAGUUCAUGACUCCUAUGGGAAACAGGGCCUUGUCUCCAGUCGACACCGUCUCACCAUGUGCCAGUUGGCCGUUCAGUCAUCUGACUGGAUCAGGGUGGACCCAUGGGAGUGUUACCAGGAUACUUGGCAGACAACUUGCAGUGUGCUGGAACACCACCGGGAUCUAAUGAAGAGAGUGACUGGCUGCAUUCUGUCCAACGUAAACUCUCCAGCUACACCUAUCAUUGGACAGCCGCAGAAUGGAAGGCGUACCAUCUACCAGAACUCCACAAUCACGAACGACAAACCCACUGCAGUUCGUAUCCUGGGGAAGGUGAGCGAAAGUCUGGGGAAAAUCUGCUGUGUUCGUCCACAUGUUGAACGCUUCACCUUUGUGGAUGAAAAUGCAAACCUGGGAACGGCCAUGAGAUACGAAGAGAUUGAGCUCCGGAUCUUGUUGCUGUGUGGGAGUGACUUGCUGGAAUCCUUCUGUAUCCCAGGUCUGUGGAAUGAGGAAGAUGUGGAAGUGAUAGUGGGUGAUUUUGGAAUAGUGGUUGUCCCACGAGACAAUGUAGACACAGACAGGAUCCUCAAUCAUUCCUCGAUGCUUCGCAAAUACAAGGAUAACAUUCUUGCUGUAAAGGAUGAUACUAAUCACCCCAUGUCUGUUGUCAGUUCUACCAAGAGCAGACUUGCUUUGCAACAUGGUGAUGGCCACGUGGUGGAAUAUUUGAACCAGCCAGUUAUUGAUUACGUCUUGCAGAAUCAGCUGUACAUCAAGACAUCUGGAUAAAGUUAUUCAGUGAAGACCAGAAAGCACAGCUUGCCAUCUCCCUCUCAGUAAAACUGUACCACUGCUCCUCUGCUUACAUGUCCAGAGCUUCUCGUGUCUGCCAUUCCCACUGUACAAAACGAGUAGAAGCUCUACUGACAGAAUGCACUGUGUGAACUGCAUAUACAACUUCUUGUGUCUUUUCCUUUGUGCUCCCUUCUUUCAAUUUUUUGUGCUGAUCUUCCUAUUGUUCCAGAUUACCAAAAUCAAUAACUAUUUCUGCUUUUUUCACUAGCGUUAGAAUUACAUAUGUUUCUUUGCGACAAAUUCCUAAUCUCUUUGUGCUGCUUGCAAAUUUAAAACAACUUGGUUGUAUGCCUUCUGGAUUUGUGAUCCAGGACUCGCAGUUAGUAGCAUGUCUAGUUCAAAGAACUGCUUCAAAUCCUCUGUGUUUGAUAAAUGUGAUAAACUCAAACAAUCAAUUGUUUUCCAUAGAAACUAAAUAAGUACUUGGACAAUAUUACAUGUAUUCUUGAUGUCAUAAUAUGCAAAAGUUA